AUGAAAUUAAUAUUGGAUAUUGCCGGUGCUGACGAUGUAACCUUCGGUCCUGAAGACGAAAUCCGGGGAACGAUCAACCUUUUAGGUCACGCCGGCCAUGUGCUGUCCCACCCAAGAGUUACCUUUGGAGGUCGGUUAACGAUUUCCAUGCCGGCGCAGAUUGCUGGUCCUAAUCCAAGCGAUUUGGAAUUUACGUUGUUCGAGGAAAAUAAAGAAUUACGACAUAACGAUGCCACAUCAAACAAGGACCGUCCAGUCAAUGGCAUUUACAUUGUCCCAUUCUCUUUUCGAUUCCCAUCCCAGGUCCGAUGUUUCGCGCAUACACACUCAUUACACCUUCCACCAUCAAUGGACAUACGUGAAGCGGAAUCAAGGAUAAAGGUGGAAUACUACGUCAGAGGAGCCGUAGAUCGACAAAUACUCGGCCCCUUGUCUAAGACAACAAGGGUUGUUAAGGGACUAAAAUUCAGCAACAAUGUCCCUAUCAAUAUCUCGCCAGUUUUACUACCUAGUACCAGCCUACCACUAGUACUGAGGCAGAAAGAUGGUUCUAGGUAUCUUGAAGAUGGAAUCGACGGUUUACCAGCAUAUGCGCCAUCUUUACGAGUUGAGGCACUCCUCCCGGAGCCACCAGUUCUUUUCCGGGGACAAGCGAACCCUAUCAAGUUUAUACUACAUACUCCAUCAGAGAUUGUGGGGAAAAUAUUCGUUCGAACAGCAAAUAUCUUUUUCAAAACUUCUACAACGACCAUUGUCGGAUCAGUUACCCGACGCGUGGAUGAGCAUUGCCCCGGGUCAAGCAUGUCUGGAGUCAUUCCAGUUGAUUCAGAGAGUUUGGUAUUCGAUUCCAGCGCCUGGGGCCGACUUUUCAAGCUCGACUUGAAACCAACAUUCGAAUCAUGCGUGAUGCGGAUAAAACAUUCAGCCGAAAUCAGGGUCGGCAUAUCAAUUGGGCCUGAAGGCAAGAUCUAUUACACCUCAUCCUGGUUGGAUGUACAAGUAAUGGAUCCACCACCAGCAUAUGAAAAUGCUGAAUGA